AAAAAGAACAAGAAGAUAACAUUCAAACCGUGGUGCUGGUACUGCGAGCGAGAGUUUGAAGACGAAAAGGUACUGAUACAACACCAAAAGGCAAAACACUUCAAAUGCCACAUUUGUUCCAAGCGCCUCAACACCGCCAACGGCAUGGUUAUCCACGUCGCGCAGGUGCACAAG